AGUGCGGUCAGCGUGAAUGGUUGUGUUGGGUUUUACAACAUGAUUUAGGCAAUCAUAAUCUAGGGCCGGAAUUAUCCGUUUUAGAAGACUGAUCCGUUUUGAAAAUAGCGAUAUUAUUUUGAUAGCUCUACACCCACUGCUACAAGCUAUUUUUGUCUGUGUGUGUUUGUGUGUGCAUGUGUGUGUGUGUGUGUGUGUUUGUACUCACUGGUAUUGAUGCAGCUAUAUGAGAUGUUCAGGUACUUGAAGGUGCCAAAGCAUGGGUCAGUGAAGAUGCUGUUGGAGGCCUGCACCGAGCAGGAAGUCUUUCCAUCACACCUGUUGAUAAAGAGUGGCAGAUUGGACCAGCAGCCUGUACACAGCUCUAGAGAGCAGCAUUGCCUGUGAAAGCACACUCCAGUCAACCUGACCUGUGAAACUGGACAGAUCGUUGUUUACGCGGCUAACUACGGACGAACAGACGCAACCACGUGCCCAGGUGGACCUAUUCAAACCACCAACUGUGCUGCCUCAAACAGUCUCUCCAUCAUGGAAAACAGGUGUGAUGGAAAGACUUCCUGCUCGGUGCAGGCCUCCAACAGCAUCUUCACUGACCCAUGCAUUGACACCUUCAAGUACCUGAACAUCUCAUAUAGCUGCAUCAAUACCAACCGUUACUGUGUGUUUUUAAACAUUAAUGGCUGAAGAAAUGCUGUUUGACUAAUAAAUGGUGCCUUGUCUGUGCACACUCUACUCCAACGGCACCCACGUACUCGCCAACACGUCCCUCAGCACAUGUGGCACACAGAUGGAGGAUGAUGGGGAGAGCCUCAUCUUCAGUAACGAGGUAGUGUCCUUUGAUGACCUGACGGACGUCAUCACCAGGAGACACGACGUGGAGAUCCAGUUCUCCUGUAAGUAUCCGAAGCGCACCAACGUGACAGUCCAGUUCGACGCCCACCGACCCCUCACCUUCAUGCAGCGUGGAUUCGGCACGAUCACGUACCGCUUCGAGUUCUUCAGCUCCAACGGCUUCAGCCAGAUGCGCGACCCCAACUCCUACCCGCUGGAGUUUGACCUGGGGGACAUGAUGUUCAUGCAGAUCGAGUCCAUCUCCUCCAUCCCCAACACCGAGUUGUUCGCCGAGUCCUGCACCGCAGCUCCCAGCGAUGACCCCCAGGAGGCGCUGUCCUACCCCAUCAUCCAGAACGGGUGUGAGGUGGAUGACACGGUAGAGUUCUACUCGGGCCAUCAGUCGAAGGUCCAGUUUGGGAUGAAGGCUUUUAAGUUCAUUGGACUACAUGACCAUGUGUUCAUCACCUGCUCAGUGAUCCUGUGUGAGGCUGGCGUACCUGGCAGCAGGUGUUCCCAGGGCUGCACCAACGGCUCGGUCUCUGGACACCAGAUCCACAAGAGGGACGUCCCUGUCCAGACAGCCAACCACUUCAUCUCCCAGGGUCCUCUGCGCCUCAGACGGGCCCUCGUCAACGCCAACAACGGAGCUAACACAGGAGUGGCCAACAAAGGCCUGAGUCUGAACUUGGUGUUCGUUAUUGGGGGUCUCCUGGCAGCUGUUGCUAUGGUGUGUGGAGUCCUAAUCCACAGGAACAGGAGCCCCGACAUCAGAUACGAUAAACUGCCCUCCACUGACAUCUGAGAUCAUCUCUGCUGAGAGUUUAACAAUCAAUGGGGGAUUUCCCCCUGAUUUUUGUCGUGUGUCUCCAACCAUCCUCCAUGAAGUGAUUUUUAUGAUCAUCGUGACAAUAAAGAUGCUCUUAGCAAUAUUA